AUGAAGUGCUAUUUUAUUUCUGUUCUGUUUACAGCUGAUAUUAUUUCAACAGUUGAAUUUAAUUACUCUGGUGAUCUUCUUGCAACAGGAGACAAAGGUGGCAGAGUGGUUAUAUUUCAAAGGGAACAAGAGAAUAAAAGCCGUCCUCAUUCUAGGGGAGAAUAUAAUGUUUACAGUACCUUUCAGAGUCAUGAACCUGAGUUUGACUACUUGAAAAGUCUAGAAAUUGAGGAAAAAAUUAAUAAAAUUAGGUGGUUACCACAACAGAAUGCUGCUCAUUUCCUGCUGUCUACAAAUGAUAAAACUAUUAAAUUAUGGAAAAUAAGUGAAAGGGAUAAAAGAGCCGAAGGUUAUAAUUUAAAAGAUGAAGAUGGAAGACUUAGGGAUCCUUUCAGAAUCACAGCACUACGGGUGCCAAUAUUGAAACCCAUGGACCUAAUGGUAGAAGCAAGUCCCAGAAGGAUAUUUGCAAAUGCACAUACUUACCACAUAAACUCUAUUUCAGUAAAUAGUGAUCAUGAAACGUACCUUUCUGCAGAUGACCUAAGAAUUAACCUAUGGCAUUUAGAAAUCACAGAUAGAAGUUUUAAUAUUGUAGAUAUUAAGCCUGCUAACAUGGAGGAGCUGACGGAGGUGAUUACUGCUGCAGAGUUCCACCCUCAUCACUGUAACGUGUUUGUCUACAGUAGUAGCAAAGGAACGAUUCGGCUCUGUGACAUGCGCUCUUCGGCCCUCUGCGACAGGCACUCCAAAUUUUUUGAAGAACCUGAAGAUCCUAGCAGCAGAUCAUUUUUUUCAGAAAUAAUAUCAUCGAUAUCUGAUGUAAAAUUCAGUCACAGUGGUCGAUACAUGAUGACAAGAGACUACCUUUCUGUUAAAGUCUGGGAUCUCAAUAUGGAGAACAGGCCUGUAGAGACCUACCAAGUUCAUGAGUACCUUCGAAGCAAGCUUUGCUCCCUUUACGAAAAUGACUGCAUCUUUGACAAAUUUGAAUGCUGCUGGAACGGUUCUGAUAGCGCCAUCAUGACCGGAUCUUACAACAAUUUCUUCAGGAUGUUUGACCGCACCACGCGGCGGGAUAUCACGCUAGAAGCCUCCAGGGAGAGCAGCAAACCUCGUGCCAUCCUAAAGCCGCGUAAAGUCUGUACAGGGGGGAAAAGAAAGAAGGAUGAAAUAAGCGUUGACAGUCUGGACUUCAACAAGAAGAUCCUCCAUACAGCGUGGCAUCCCAUGGAGAACAUCAUUGCUGUAGCUGCCACCAAUAAUUUGUAUAUAUUCCAGGACAAAAUUAACUAAAGAUGACUUACGUGGGGACAGAGUCGUCGUCUUGCAUAGUUAAGCUCAGUUGUUUAUCUGUCAAAGAGAAGGCCUUGUUGUCCUACCAGUGAAGAACAUUGAUGCACUUACUUCCCUUGAGAUAAAGGAGAGGAUCUGGCCUGGUUUUUUGAGUUCCUGGGGUAGUUCUGCCUCCGGGGAGGGCAGGGAGCGUCGGCCGCAGGUUUCUGGGAGAAACCCUCCAGAGGCAGAAUCGAUGGACAGUGCUCAAUAAGGCCAAUACUCAAAGCAAAUGUAUUUAUUUAAGUCUGAGCCUUCCUUUCCAGUUUAUAAGACCAAAAAAUUUAACACCCAAGAAGAAAAAUUGUCAUAAAAAUGUAAUUUCUAUCUCUCACGCUCUUUCUCUGCUGUAAUAUUUGGGCCUUUCAAAACAUAUAUCGUGCUUAAUGCCUGUAAACAUUCCUCCUCUGGCCUGUAUCUAGGCUUAGGUGUUUUUACCUUUGAGCACUUAGGUAGGUCUUGAGUUGGGCUCGUAGACAGGUUUCCAUGAAUAUUUACUCACCAACUGUAUCUAUAACCACACCUUCUGGUGUAAACCACUUAAUAAAAUAACAAGCUAUAAAAAGUGUUUUUAAAUCUGAAGGUAUGUAUUCAGUCUUUUUAUUUUUUUAUUGCAUGUAACUGAGAUUGUGCAGAAUAAUUCUGGUGGGCAGAUUUGACAGUGUUUGCCCCAAGACAUUGAUUUUUGGCAGACUAAUACAAACUCUUUUGUGUAGUGUUUCAAAUUCUAAAUUUAGAGUUUCCAUGAAAUUGUCAUUUAGUUUAAGUUGCACUGGUUUUCUUGUAAAACGCUAUCUGUGUGCCGAGUAAGAGAUGGGAAGGGUCAGCGUAAAGACAGCCACAGCCUUAACAGGAAGUGACCACCUCGCACAGAAGGGAAAACAAAACAUUUAACAAAUUUUCUUCUUUGAAGAUAAAAAUUCAGUUUAUCUGAUGCCUCUCAACGUUAGAUAGAGACAUACCUUACGUGCAUUAUGGUUUUUAACCUUUUUAGUAUUUCUCAUGAAGAUAGAGUUUAUUUUAAAUAUUUGGCAUAAUAUAUUGUGUUCAUUGCAGUUCAAGCCAGCAAAAAAAAAAAAAAUCUUGAUUAUGCCAAGCAGCAACGCGGCGUGACCCCUGCAGCACGGUCUGGCUGUAACAGCGAGAUGGCGGAGAACACCGCGGCCACGACCUGCUGGUGGCUCCGGUGCUUGUAACUCUGUUCUUGCUAAUUUUUUUUUAAGCCUUAGGUUUUUUGGGUUUGUCUUUUUUUUUCUUCCAAAAGAGGCCUAAAAUGCAUCAACCUUCUCGAGCAGCGGGGUGGGGACCCGCUCUGAGGGCGCCGCGGUGCGUUUCAGUGGCGCGGGGUCGCCGGCCCCUCGGCUCCGAAACCUGCCUGCGGGUCGGGAAUUCUGCCUGCCCCGGAAGGACCCGCCGGUGGUUUACGCUGCUUGUUCCUUAAAGCGAAGGUGUCUGAGGGCUCCUGAACCACAUCUGCACGGGCAAGAGCAAAGUGUCUCCGUCCCUCCCCUCCCGGUUCGCGGUGAGCUGGGAGCCGCCGCCGAGGUUCUGCCAGUGAAGUUUAAAUUAACGAAGUCUCCUACUGUGUAGUGGUUGUGACACGAUUGGAAAACCUUGAAACGUGGAACUUCCGGGUCAGGAAAGCGUCAGAUUCGACCUUGUUCCUAAAAUACGUACUAGAGCUAAUACCACGGGGCUGUACAUACUUGUUCAGUUAUUUUGACCAAAAAGUUUAAUAAAUUUUAAAUGUUUACCUGGACUCGCUCUGUGUACUCUGACAACUUUUUCUUCCGUUUGAGAGAGAAUCGGCCAAAGGCGCCGGCCUGAAGGUUGUUUGUGUUUCCGUUUUGGAACGGUCACAGCUCUACCUGGGAAAGCUCAUGUGCAGCAAACGGAGCCCCGCUCUCUAUUUUUGAUCUAUUUUUUCAGCAAAUGUAAGUGGAAUAUGAGUAAAAAG